GCAAAAUAGGAAGUAUGGAGCUUGAGUAAUAUUGGGGCGUCCCCUGCCUCUCCCACGGCAACGGCUGCCGCCGCUGCAUGCCGCUCUGAAUCUGCGGUUUCUGAUCUCUUUCGCGACAUUUACGAUACACAAUUAUUAGGUGUGAUUUGUUGUUGCAGCUGCGAUACGGCAUAAUUCCUGCGAUGGAGAACGGAAGCAGUUGUUUCAUUCCCAAUGUGGGAUUGCUAAACUUUGCGAUUUUGCUGAUAAUUGCUUCCUCUACCUUGCUUUUGUUCCGGAUUCUGUAUGUUAUAUACCGAAGCAGCAAACAAUUACACAAUAGACCUCCAGGACCUCUGAGUACAUUGAUAGUUCUAGGUUCAGGUGGUCACACUGCAGAGAUGCUGAACCUGUUAGCUGUUAUGCAGAUGGAGAGAUUUAAACCUAGAUGCUAUAUCGCUGCUGCCACUGAUAACAUGAGCCUUCAGAAAGCUCGUGUGAUGGAGGACACCUUGAAGAACAAGGCAGAAGCUGAGACAGUAGGCACUUCAGAUUUUAUGCAAAUUUACCGAAGUCGCGAGGUUGGCCAGUCUUACAUAACUUCAGUUGGCACAACUUUAGCUGCUUUAGCCCAUGCAUUAUGGCUAAUGAUCAAAAUCAGACCUCAAGUGAUUUUGUGCAAUGGGCCUGGGACUUGUAUACCACUAUGUGCCAUUGCUUUUGUUUUCAAGGUUUUUGGGAUUAGGUGGUCGUCCAUUUUCUAUGUUGAGAGUAUUGCUAGAGUCAGAAGGCUAUCUUUGAGCGGGUUGCUCCUUUACAAACUACGGAUGGCUGAUCAAAUAUUUGUGCAGUGGCCACAGCUGAAGAGCAAAUACCCUCGAGCUAAUUAUGUUGGUCGUCUCAUGUAACAUGACUCUUGUUCUUGCUCCUUUUAGGAUAAGUUGAGCACUCGACCUAUCAGCGUGACUCAGAAUCGGCGGUGGUACAGGUUUCCGGUGGUGGAUCCACAUGUCCUUUUUGGGUGGGAUGAUGAUGAACAAGAAAAUGGUGAUAAACAUAAGACAGCGAACCCCACAGAGCCAACAACAAAGCCACAACCUUGACACCACUCAUCUCAUCCUUGAAAACCACAACUGCAACAACCGGCACGACGCCCACACCCACUGCGCUCACCACAUUCCCGAACACAGCCGAGAUCUUAAUAAUCAAAGCCACCAUCCCCACCCCAAACACCUGCCACGCCACUGCCGAACCCACCACCACCGCCGCGUACCCCGCCUUCCCCAUCUCAAACCCCUCAACCUCCCCCUUCAGCUGCCGCCACUCCCCGCUCCCGAAAAGUCCGGACACGAGCACCAGACUCGCCGCCAUCGGCUCAUAGAAAAUCACGUCCAUGAUCUCCUUCACCGUCUGUCGCCUCAGCACUUUCCCGUACGCCAGCUGCUCGGACGACUGCACCAGCGUGUACCCUGCUGCGCCGCCCAGCGUGCACGCGAACCCCGCUGCAUACUUGCCCCUGGGUGCCGCCUCUGUGGCGGCGCCCGGCUGCAGGGCGAGGAGGACGGAGGAGAGAGUGAGGAGGAAAACGGAGUUGAGCGCUGUGGGGCUGAGUUUCUGAGCGUUGAUGAGGUUAGAGAAGAGGGCGUUGAAUCCGAGCUGGGUGGCGCAGAUGAGAGAGAAAGUGGAAAGAGGGAGAUACAUGAGGCCGACGGAAUAUAGCAUGCAAAUGAAUGCAAGAAAUGUGCCGAAACAUGCGUAUAAAACGAGGAGCGCUAGAGUGUGAUCGGAGGAAUGAUCCGAGAAGGUUUGUUUGUUUCUUGAUUUGAUGAUGAAGAUGAAAGGGACAAGUAGCGGGAAGCCGGCGGUCUACACCAGCGCCGCCAUGUAUUUGGAUUUGCCGCCUUUUUCGUAGUAUAAUCUGCCGAGAAGCGUCACUGCUGACUGGCCGGUGAGGACGAGGAGUGAAUAGACCGCCGUUUCCGACCAUUUUUUGUAUUGCAACAUAUUGUUCUUGUUGGAAUUGGCAUUGUUAUCUGUGGAGUUGGAGUCCAUUUCUUGAAUCGGAAUAUCCAUGGAGAAAGUAGAAAUCAAGAAGCUUUGUGUUUUUAUAGGAUUUUUGGCAUUGGGACAAAUUAAAUAGGAAGUGUACGAUGUUUGCUUUGAAUUUGUUCGAUUUUAUUGAUUGGUAUUCAGAAUUAUACUCCCACGUA